CAACUGAAGACCGACUAAGUAAUCAAUCAAUCACUUCUUAAUCAAUCUCUCGAUUGCGACAAUGUUGAGCAAGAUUACGUGCUAUCUGGAUUGCGGUAUGUUCAAAAUUGGACUAAGCUUAGAGCUGACCUGUGCAGUAUCCCCAUACUCCUACUUUGCACUACUCUAUCUUGAGAAGAACAAACAAGCUCUUACAACGCACAACGUAGAGAUCGACAUAAUUCCAGUAUUCCUUGGCGGCAUUAAUGUCGGCAGUGGCAAUAAGCCACCAUGGACGCUGCCAGCUAAAGCAGCUUACAGCGGCUACGACAGUGCGCGAGCGAAGAAGUACUUCGGCGCAGAAGCUGUAAAAACGCCAGAUUUCUUCCCCAUCAUGUCACUACUACCGCAACGUGCUCUGUGUUUCGUGAAGGAGCAAUAUCCAGAUGCCUUCGUCUCCACCUUCCUUGACAUCUUCGAGGCAAUGUGGAAGAACGGUAAAGACGUCAGUAAAUCUGAUACGUUUGCCGAGACACUCCAGUUGAGGUUCAGCUCCGAGGAGGCCAAAGUCAUUCUGUCAUCCGCAAUUAGUGCGCCGUUCAAGCAGCGUUUGAAUGAGAACACGAAGGAAGCUCUCGACCGGGGAGCAUUCGGAGCCCCAUGGUUCUGGGUCCGCAAUGCAAAGGGAGCCGAGGAGCCCUUCUUCGGAAGUGACAGAUUUCAUUACAUGUGGGAGUACCUGGGGCUACCUUGGAAGGAUAUGGAGCUGGUACCACACGGGCCGCCGAAAGCGAAGAUCUGAGGUAGGGGAAAUGUGCUUACCUUGUCAAGCUGCAAGUAUGUUGCGUCCUGAGAGCGACAGCGGCUGGCGAUCAGGCUCGCAGCAAGGUACAGGAUCAGGCCUGGUCUUCGUACCACGUACACUAGGAAGAUCUGAUACAAAUCUAGCGGCGCCCUGUUG